GAAAAGAAUAAUCUACUCUCUCUCUCUCACGUCUCACCCUUUAAACCCUAGAAACACAACAGUUGCUCUUAAUUUCUUAAAACCUAGAACGCACAAUGAAGACCAAGAAGCCAUUGAAACAACUCAAGCUUUCAGUUCCAGCUCAAGAAACCCAUAUCACCUCCUUCUUGACAGCGAGUGGCACAUUUCAUGAUGGCGAUUUGCUUUUGAAUCAGAAAGGUUUGCGCCUCAUUUCUGAAGAAAAAGAAUCCAGGCCUUCCGAUUGCAAGGAGCUUGAUUUUGAGUUCUCUUUGGAAGACCUCGAGACAAUCAAAGUAAUUGGAAAGGGAAGUGGCGGUGUUGUACAACUUGUUCGUCAUAAAUGGAUAGGAAGACUGUUUGCAUUGAAGGUCAUUCAGAUGAACAUACAAGAGGAUAUCCGCAAACAAAUUGUGCAGGAGCUGAAAAUAAAUCAGGCAUCACAAUGUUCCCAUGUUGUAGUUUGCUACCACUCUUUUUAUCACAAUGGAGUUAUUUCUCUUGUGCUAGAGUAUAUGGAUCGUGGUUCUCUGGCAGAUGUGAUCCGACAAGUUAAUACCAUUCUUGAACCAUAUCUUGCAGUUGUGUGUAAGCAGGUUUUGCAAGGUCUUGUGUACUUGCACAAUGAAAGACACGUAAUACACAGGGACAUAAAACCAUCCAAUUUACUGGUAAAUCAAAAAGGGGAAGUGAAGAUUACUGAUUUUGGUGUGAGUGCAAUGCUAGCUAGCUCUAUGGGUCAAAGGGAUACAUUUGUUGGAACUUACAAUUAUAUGUCGCCAGAAAGAAUUAGUGGGAGCACUUAUGACUAUAGCAGUGAUAUGUGGAGUUUGGGCUUGGUAGUACUUGAGUGUGCUAUUGGACGUUUCCCUUACAUGCAAUCUGAAGACCAGCAAAGCUGGCCUAGCUUUUAUGAGCUGUUGGAAGCCAUUGUGGAAAGCCCACCACCAACUGCUCCACCAGAUCAAUUCUCACCAGAAUUCUGUUCAUUUGUGUCAUCCUGCAUACAGAAGGAUCCCCGAGACAGGUCAUCAUCUUUGGACCUCUUGAGUCACCCAUUCAUCAAAAAGUUUGAAGACAAGGACAUUGAUCUUGGAAUUUUGGUUGGUAGCUUGGAACCUCCUGUUAAUUAUCCAAGGUAGUUUGUCUUAUAAUGAUGAUAUUUGAAGUGUAAUAUGAAUCUACCAGUGUAUCAGUAAUCAGUCUUGGCCAACAUUAUAUCAAUUUUCAUAUAGCACUUUAAGCAUAUGAUUUAUAUAAAUUAU